AAAAAGUAAACAAACAACACUUAUGGUUUUUGUGAUAAUUUUCUGUGAAAAACUGCAAAAAAGAUGAAUCUAGGGGGCUCAAUAAAAAUUAACAAAUGCGGUUUAAGUGUCCUUGCUUUCGUGAUCUUCAUUUUUAUCAUAUACCACCUAUCAGGGAGCUCAAAGGGCGACCAGAGUCCUCUCGUUGCACCAACAAAUGAAAUAAGUUUGAGAAAACUUUUGAUAGGAGCAAUCAGAGCAGCAGAACUUGGUGGUGAAGAGGUCCUCAAAGUAUAUAACAGCAAAAUUCUGAAUACUCAAAGUAAGGGAAAGACAAAAGAAGGAGUAAAUGACCCAGUUACGGAUGCAGACUUUUUCAGUCAUUGCACGAUGACCAAAGCAUUGCACCAUCUUUUCCCAAAGAUAUUGAAAGUUGUGUCGGAGGAAGGUCACGCAAAGGAAAAAUGUCCCGAAAUCGAGAUAAAUCACCAGUUCGACUUGAAUCCUACUGUUUUGGGAGAUUCAACAAUUCCCGAUAUCUCGAUACCCGCAGAUCAGGUAUCAGUGUGGAUUGACCCAUUGGAUGCUACGAAGGAAUUUACCGAAAAUUUGACGGAAUAUGUCACUACAAUGGUCUGUGUUGCCGUGAAUGGAAAACCAGUUAUCGGAGUUAUACAUAACCCCUUUCCGAAGAACAGGGAAACGACUUGGGCCUGGGAAGGUCAUGCAUAUUCACAUGAUUUAGCAAGUAGGAAAAAGGGAGAAGAGAGCAAAGGUCCCGUUUUAAUUGUGUCUCGAUCACAUGCAGGAACUAUCAAGGACGUAGCGAAAAAUAUUUUUGGAGAAAAAGUUGAAAUUGUGAAAGCUGCUGGAGCUGGCUACAAAGUACUCAAAGUGAUUUUCGAUAAUGCAAUUUACAUGCAUAACACUGUUAUUAAAAAGUGGGAUUUGUGUGCCGGCAAUGCCAUCCUAAAUGCCUUGGGUGGCAAAAUGACUGAUUUCAAAGGUAACGAGUUGCUUUAUCUGGACGAUGGCAAUUAUGUGCAUUCGACGGGACUAUUAGCGACGAUGUCAAAGCACGAGACUUAUGUAGAAAAAUUGAAAGAUGUGAAACUCGCUUAAAAUACACACAUUCAAGCACAAAAAAACGAUAUGAAAGUUAAGCCGAAACAAGAAUCUAAAAUGUUUUCGAUUUCAUUCCAUCAAGUAAAAAUUUUAUUUUUUUUUUAUGAAAAUGAUUUAUAAUUUUAAGAAAAUAUGCAUCCUUUCGAUUGUUCACAAGGUCAACGAAACCGAAAACAUUUUUGAUUUUUGUUUUAGCCUAGUAUAAUUUGUGAUUAGCUAAACAAAUUCAUGUUAUAGAUUUUUAAUGAUGAUGAUUUUAAUUUAUAAAAUAUAACGAAAAAUCGCAUGUC